UUUCCUGGUGGAUCCAGCGCCAUUGGUGGAAGCGGGAAGGGGGAGGAGCGCUGAUAGCGUGCAUGCGCCUUCUUGGCUCCAACCACGUACACGCGCAGCGGAGUCGGUCGAUGCGGGCGAGCACCAGUAGCCCUGUGGCGCCGCUCCUCAGCCUUAUCUGUUGUUUGCCACUUCGAAAAUCGACGAAUUAGUACAAAUAGAAAGAAUAAAGACGGGCGGUGCAACAGUUGUGCCCGACCCACCCACGUUGGCUGCACCGGAGCUGAGACGUGAGGCGUUUGAGGAAACUACAACUUUUCCAACUUGAAUGAAGUGAUCCGGCUCAUUGGAGGGUGAUGCCUGCUACAGGCCGUGAACACGGCAGCUCUAUGGAGGACCAGCACCUGGACAAGGGGAGCUUGGCUAAUGUCCCGCCAUCGGGUCAUUCUACGCCACCAUUCCCCGCCUUCGUGACACCGAACUUCAUCAAUGAAGCAUCGGUGGAGAGCAAGGUCGUGUCCAUGGCUAGCAGCGAAGGCGUCAUGGCACUUCAUUCCCCCGCAGAGGCCAGCCCAGCCAAGCCCGGAGUGACAUCACCCACUACCUUGGAUGGCACCGCAGAGACUAGCCCGGCAAUCUCGGCUUCAGGCACUGUAGCGUACACCGUCAACAGUUUGGUCAGCAUAACAGAAUCAACACCAUUGUCGACUAAGCUGCCAGCUUCCAAUUUUGGUUCUGCACUCCAGACGGAUGACCAUCCAUUCGUCAUGACCUACAGAGGCGUCACUGUGACUCUGGAGAACGACCGCGUGUGGAAGCAGUUUUACAGCUGCGGAACCGAGAUGAUCCUCACUAAACAAGGCCGUCGCAUGUUCCCUUACUGUCGCUACCGCUUGGCCGGUCUAGAUCCCAACCAGCGAUACUGCCUGGUGCUCUCCAUCGUUCCAGCAGACAAUUACAAGCACCGCUGGAACUCCUCAAACUGGGAAGUCAAUGGAUUGUCAGAGCAGCAAGACGAAGGUCCAACGCGGGCUUUUUGCCAUCACUACACGCCGUGUCCUGGCUCCGACUUGAUGGGUGGGCUGGUGUCUUUUUACAAAGUCAAACUGACCAACAACCCCAAAGACUUGGAUGGUCACAUCAUCCUCAGCUCCAUGCGACGCUACAUUCCUCGACUGCACAUUAUUCCGCUUCUCAAUGAGGCCACGUCGCCGCUGAAACAGCCUCUGGUCAUGGGUCCGGAGAGCAUGACUUUCACCUUUCGGCAGACAGAAUUUAUGGCCGUCACAACUUAUCAGAACUUUCUGAUCACCCAGCUGAAAAUUAACCACAAUCCUUUCGCCAAAGGCUUCAGGGAGGAGCGAAUGAAUCCUCAAAUAAGUGGAACAGAGACCCUGCUGCUCAACACUGAACCACAGCCACUGGUCUUUGAACUUAAGGACCGAAUGGAUAUCAAAGUAGAACCACUAGAGAAAAGCCCUUUGAGCACCGAAUCGGCGUACCCUGACCAAGAGUCCAAUCUGGAUAUGAAGCCCAUUACCUUCCCUGCCACCCCAAAUGACAAGCAUGUCGUUAGGUGUAUGAAGGGCCUCCAAGUCUUGGGGCACCUUGUGCUUGCACCUAAACAUCCAUUCGUUGAAGUCACAGUAAAACAGGUUGAGCAAAGCCCUCUGAGCACCGAAUCGGUGUACCGUGAACAAGAGUCCAAACUGGAUCUGAAGCCCAUCACAUUCCCCGCCACCGGGGACCUUGUGCCGGCACCAAAACGUCCACUGGUUGAAGUCGAAGAAAAACAGGCUAAGCAAAGCCAUCCGAGCAUCGAAUUGACAAACUUCCCCGCUACGAAUGAGUCCAAAAGACUGAAGUCCAUCAACUUCACCCCCACCACAAAAGACGAGCAUGUUCCCGGGUGUGUGACGGGGGGUCACACUUUGCCGGAUCUUGUACUCUCACCAAAGUGUCCACUUGCUAAAAUCCAAAAAUGUAAUGUGGGUGAUGACUAUGUGUCACACAGCAAGCAGCUACACAUUGAAGUCACACCAAAAACACUCUCAUCAUCAUCAUCAUCAUCAUCAUCAUCAUCAUCAUCUGCAUCCAGCCGGAGAUCCCUGCAAGGGUACAACAAAAGGAAAAAGAAGCCCUGGCUGAGAUUCCAUAAAGGGUGGAAAAGAACACCCUCUCUUGCUGAAGACCCCAACCUACCAUUUGGCGUUGCCACACAACCAGAGCUGGAUGUAGUGGAGGGCCUGACCUUUGCAUCGUUCGCCACAAGGGAAGAAAUGGAGAGUCAUGUCCAAUUUUUUCCUGUCAAUAUUGCCUCGUCACUACCACCAGAACCUUCAACAACUCCCACAAGACGGACAGAGAUUGAGGAGCUGAUUCUAGAAACACUUGAGGAAAGGAUUUGUCGCCUGGAGGCCAUUUUACUAAAGGACCUCCUUGUUGUCAAACACAGACAGGUGAUCCACCCUGUCCUGCAGGAGGUGGGCUUGAAGUUGAGCUCCCUUGACCCCUUCAAGUCCAUUGAUCUGCGUUAUCUUGGGGUUUGCCUGCCGUUGCCUCCCUUGGAGCUGUCAACAAAAGACAACAGGCACAUCUCUUUGGGCAAUGACAGUGAGGGAUUGCCUUUCAUCUCCCGAACAGGAAAGACGAGUGACAUGACCAAAAUAAAGGGUUGGAAAAACAAGUUCAUUCACGGCAAGCAGACAAACAAUGGAUCACAAAAGAAUCUCUCAGCAUUCUGCAGCAACAUGCUGGAUGAGUAUCUGGAGAGCGAAGCUCAGCAAAUCAGUGAGCGCGCUGCCGCUUUCUCCACCAGCCCCGAAGCGUCUUCGGUGGCGUAUCAGCUGCCAACGAAGGGCUCCAGCUACGUAAAAACGUUAGACAGCGCACUCCAGCAGCGCAAGACUGUCUUGGGCUUCAAUAAGCCCUGUCCGCUUUCCUUCAAGCCUUUUUUGCACGCUGCCUUGAUGGCACCGGCUCCUACGCUGGCGGGAGAUGCUUACAGGACUGCAAACACUGUUUGUGAUCCACAAAGUUCUAGCCACCAGUCUCUGCCUCGCUCCAGCCUGUAUGCACCUUUGUUUGACCAGAUUGAAUCCAAACUGAUAAAGAUGGAAGCGCAGGCUGUCAACCAGGGAUGGGAGAGAUCACGGGUGAAGUCACGGAAGAUGUCGACUGCUCUCUCUGUCAUGUUUACUAAAAAGACGCCGCAUGACCAGGCUCAACAGGGAUCUCCCCCGUGCCUGGACCACAGUGCCUUUAGACCAGUAUGCGGCAAGGAGUACUGCAGGCUGGGCUGCGUGUGCCAUAGCCUCAAUUGUCACGCAAGAGACCCUCCCCACUGCCGGCGACUUGAGUGCAUGUUUAAUUGCACCUGCUUCGAAGAAAAAAACAAUGAAGCAACUAAAUCAAGUUCCAGUAAACUGUGGAUUCACGAUAUUUAUGACACAGAGCCAGAUCUGUUUUUUGCUCCAGAAAAUGUCACUGCACCAUUUCCAAAGGGCUUGAAAGCAUGCAGUGCUUUUCUACAGGAACAGGUUAAAGUAGAGGAUAAGGAUCCAGUAUAUAAAUACUUGGAGAGCUUCAUGACAUGCGCCCGUGUACGAGCAGUCAAUAGCAAGCUGCCGCCUAAGAUCACCAUAGAACCUGACUGCCACACGAUCGUAGUGGCCGUUGAAAAGAUCAGUGGAACCGAAAACACAGAAUCCCAACAAGCUGCGCCUAAAACACACAUUGAGAUCCAAUCGGCAUGCCGCUGGGAGAAAGACACCCAGAUGAUCCUGGAGGCCCUGUGCCAGCGCAUAAAUCAUGAUAAGCUGUCGGAGCCGUUCACUGUGGGACCUUAUCACAUCCAACCCAUCAUGAAGAUCUUCAUUAAGAAGCCCAGCGGAGCAAUCGUCACCUACAGGGUACGCAUUGGUCCACAGGCCAGCAAUGCAGUGGGCAACUACAAGGAAGAUUUUCAAAGCAUUAACACCAGCUCCGAUGAAGAGCAGAAUCUGGAGGAGGAAGAGCACUUGGGGGAGCCCGCAAGAUUGUUUGGAGUCACACCCUUCUUGAGUGGCAUAAUGACUGCCGGCGUGAUGGUUGCCAAGAUGAAACCUGCCGGCGACCAAAAGUCUGGACUCCUUGUGGUCAACGGCAAAUUCUACAAUCAGGCACGGCUGUUGCUAGGCAGCAUGGGCUCCUUGCACCCGGCCAACCGGCUGGCGGCCUAUGUCACGGGAAGGCUUCAGCCGAGCGCGGAUCUCUCCUUAAAGAUAGACGCUGGGCGCAAACUCGACCUGGUUGCUAAACCAAGUGUAAAGGCUGACAACAAGCUGCUCCCCCGGGUGAUUGGUGCAAAGAACGUCACCGACAUAAAAACACACACGCUGUUUCACUUGUUAAAGGAGCAGAGGGAAAAAAAGGAGACAGCGACUUUGCCGCAGCAGGCUCUAACCUCCAUUACCAACAGCCGGGCGUUAGGCCCCCUCAACGUCUUCCAAAGGCCCACAUGCUCGCCCAUCUCUCUCACCGUGUCCCCCUCAAUGAAAACCCCCAGCUUCCUGAGCCAGAGUGGGACCUGCUCUUUCAGGAUCUGCCCUUCGUCCAAUCUGUGUGAGGGGGACCAGAACCAGAUGGGCGUCUCCUUGCCGGGUGGCUUCACCCUCCUUCGGUUGUCAAAGCCAGAUGCUGAGCUGACACGGUUACAAACAGCGAGGACUGACAACGCGGACAGAGUUGUUUGUAAAACGGCAGAGGGGCCAGCGGUUGCUAAUGAAACGCUUGCAAGGACGGAGGCAAUCAUACUGAGUUCUUCUUCCGAAGACGAAAACUCUGACUCGUGUGACGACAGCACAGAAAACGAUAUGAAUGAGGAUUCCUCUGUGGACAUCGAGACUGUGGAGGAGGACGAACAACAAAUGGCUAUUUCCAGAUUAAAGGAAGCAGCCAAGGAGUCACAAGGCAAAAUUGAUUAUUCUUGUAAUUUCGAAACCUGGCUCAAAAAGCAGGAAAAUAAGGACGCUCGGGUUUCACCCUCACAGAAAAAUAAAGACACUCAGGACAACUCCAGCUGUCCACUGACCAAGAAGCGAAACGACCACACUGCGCAGGAGAGACAACGGCGCUUUGAGCAGAGAGCUCUUUUCGACGGCCUACAAGACAUCCUGGAUCGACGGGCAGUCUCCAGACUGCAACUUCUCUCAAUGGCUAGAGCAGAAAUCCAAAAGCUGACAGCCAUCUCCAACAGCCUGGUGGAGAAGAAGAACGAGCAGUACCGCAUCCAGACUCUCCACUUGAAGAAGCUGUCUGGUUUGUCUGGGAAGCCUGUGGAAAUAAUCCAACGCAACCUGAAAGCUUUCUUCCAGAGCUUGAAGAUAAGAGGCGGCUUAAGCCAAAUGGAGGCUUCCUUCCAGCGUCUGCAGCAGUCCAAAACUGAUCUCAGAGCUGCAACCACUCAGCCCAAGCCACAGUCGCCACCAGCCCAGGCCAUGUCCUUGUCUCCUCCCCUAGCCCCACCUUUACCCUUGACUAUGCACUUAUCGGAGCCCCCUUUAUUUCUGCCUCCAGCAAGCCUUCCGUCUUUGCCCCCCCAAAGUGAUGCCCAACCAAAGAACCCACCGCUUUCCCCUGACGUCCUGAAGCCCUCCCUUACAACCCAAGCAGCACCAGCUCCUCCUCAUCCCCCUGCCACGGCGAAUGGGACUCCGACCACACAGCCCUUAACGUUUCCUCUGAUUCGUUCCAAGACCGGAAGACUCAUCCUGCCCUCGUGUCUGAAACCUUCUGGCCCAGGGGUCUACACGCUAAUGUUGAAAAAACCAGACCAGGACAGCGAGGGAGACUUCAUCAGCAUCCAGACGUCCGACAUCAAACCUGCCAAGAACCAAGACACACCUGUACAGUACUCUCAUAACGUCUCACCUGUCAGUGCUCCAUCAGAGGCAGAGCAACCAAACAAGGACGUGCCUGCCAGUAAGCAGCGUCCUCCCCAAACUGAUUCCAGCGCACCUGUCCCACGUCGCCCUAGAGGCCGACCUCCGAAGCACAAACUGUACGUUCCGCCUCGAAAAUACAAAAAAAGUUUAGUGACGAAGAAAGGGGAUGCCCCGCCAAUUAAUCAUCCCAGAGGAAGACCUCAGAGAAAGCAGAAGGUGGAAGACUACUUCGCUCCUGCAGAUUACUCAGGAGAUGGCAGCAAAUCCCGGCCGUUCACACGGGCCUCGCUGGGGAAGAACUUUCCCAGCGCCAAGAGGCGGUCCUGGAUAGACCUGGAAAUGGAGAUGGAGCUGGAACCAGAUUCUGAGUCGGAGUAGUUCUCAUAGGUUGGAAUCACAAUAAUGGCAAAACUGCUGUGUGUGUGGUGUGUGUGUGUGUGUGUGUGUGCAUGCGUGCGUGCGAACAUAAAGGACCACCAGAGUGUGUGAGUGCGUGAAUGUCAAGGACCAACAGAGUGUGUGUGUGUGAGAGAACGUAAAAGACCACCAGUGUGUGUGCGUGUAAAGGACCAGGGUCACUGUGAAAUAUUUCCUGCUGCUUAAUUAGCGUGCAGACCGCUCUUACUUAAAAAGGUACAUUAAUUAACCUGCUGAAUAUUUACUUGGUGUCUGAUUGCAUAAACACACACACCUACUCUUUUUCUUUCUUUGAGGUAAAUGCCACAUGGAUAAGAAUUGACGAUAAAUGUGUGUGAAACAUGAAAAAGCAGUUACUGUAUAUACGUUAUUUUAACGUCCGCCUGGCGUUAAUAUGCACUGAAUUAUUAUUUCCACACACUAAUGUGAAAAACGGUCUUACAAAUGAUUUAAGUUGUUUUCAUGUGGCCUAUGAAGUUAACAUGGCUGUCAUCAAAUGUUAUUGUAGGAGCUUUUUGUUGUUUUGGUUGAAGAAACCAACCUUUAAUAAAUCAAGUUACCUGUUACAAGCAUUAUAAGCCACAUGUAUCUAUUAAAGGAUUCAUGUAUUUGAUCUUUUUAA